AGAUUUAUCAUUGUUCAUAAUAGAUAACAGGCGCAUAAACUCGCAAUGCUAUUCCAUAAGUAUAAAGAAUCAAUAUAUUAUACAAAAAAAGACAGACUGAGGUUAAACUGAUAAACUCUUGUUGUUUAUGUUGCUUAUCGGAUGUCCUUGAUCCUGUCACGUUAACGUGUGGUUAUACCGCACACGUCCUGGAUCAGUUGUCGUCCCGUCGCAGCCAUUAGUGAUACUGGUUUCUGUUGGGUGUAUUAUACAUUCUCUCAUUAUUGUCACAGUGUGAAGGAGAUAUAACUUUUGAUUGUGAACAAUCAGAGUCGGAAUUCGUUGCACUUAAAGCCACAGAGCAGGUGAAGCGGUGAUUAUCUACGAUAAGAAGACCUGGCAGGCCUCAUACUACUAUAUAGACUGAUUUGGAGCACGUCAACGGGUUCUUUUUUUUAAAGUUAGUAAACAACGACUACUAUAGAUUAGAUAAAGACCGUUGGAACCUAGACACAUUCCGCACUGUUCUUGUUCCCAGGCAAACAAUAUAACAGCAGACUUUGACUGAAUGAAACUUGUUUGCUUAAUGAAACGUGAAGAUCUUAAAAAAAGGUUCUGAUUGCGUCAUUUCCAUAGCCCGGAACAAUUGAGGCUGGUUACUUUUGACCUCAUUUCCGGUUCGUCGUCUGCUGCUAAAGAUCGUGAUUAUAAAGAUUGUUGACCAUGCCUUCCUCUGCCCAGAAGAGGACUGUCAUCCUCGCCGUCGUCAUUGUGGUCUGUACACUACUCGUACUACAUCAGAGUCAGAAUUAUGACUUCCAACAAAUAAUAGGUUCGGAACAGAAAGUUCUUCACUUUUUGCCCAAGAAGAAAACGUUCUUGACAUGGCCAAUGGAGAACCCCAUUCCAGAAACAGCUACCCUCCAGAAAUUGAACCUUGAAAAAAUAUCGGAGUUUUAUUUCAGCUAUGUGAACACCCUUCAAGUGUUUUGUCCUGUGAAGACGGUUUAUGGAGGAGUUAAGUUGGGUUGGUACACAUGUAGUGUGGUCAGGGGAAACAACUCUAAAUCGUGUGUGGCAUAUAUGAUAACAUCCAGCGACAACAGCGUCAAUAACGCCUUUUUUGAAGAGCUGAAGCAAGACUACCAAUGCGAGAAAAACGUAUUGUUAAAAAGUGCUGUGGUAGCAGCACAAAACUCUCCUGUGACCGAAGACACUUCUAUAGUUUCAACGCUGAAGUCCAAGGGUGAUAUUGAUUACAUGACGAUCGACAUAGGGGGAGACGAGGUCCAGUUAUUGUCUUGGAUGUUAACAAAAGAUCUACUAAAGAACGUGCGGCAACUGUUGGUAACCUUCCAUGGGAUCAGUGCUAACAGCAAGGCGUCUGUGUACGUGCAGCACCUUCAGGUCUUACGGGCACUCUACUCAGAUGGCUUCAGAACAUUCCACUUUGCAAGAAAUGUUCAGUGUUUGUUUAAGGGGAACUGGAGAAGAACCGGUUGCUAUUCUCUUUACAUGAUGCGAGAAAUGCCGAUAAUUGGUCCGCUCGAAGUGUACCGACCGGAGAUUAUCAAAACUCUACCGCUCAAACCUUUGGCUACGUUGUAUAAUAGGCUACUGGUGUCAUCACAAGUACACUGUAAGAAUGUGGUCCGGAUUGGGAAAGUGGACGACGGAGGAUGGGACGUCUGUAACGAUACGGAGUAUAGACCCUCCUCACCAUGUAUUGUCUACUCUUUUGGAGUGGCUGGAGACUGGUCGUUUGAUGACGAAGUGUCCAAGAUUUAUGGAUGUGAUGUACAUUCUUUCGAUCCAAGCAUUGGAAAGUCAGAUCAUAAGCGAUCAGACAAAAUCACAUUUCAUAAUCUGGGACUGUGGGGCAAGCCUGCAGGAAAGCAAGGGAAAUGGAGCAUGAUGAAUCUUAAGGAGAUUAUGGAUAUGCUUGGUCACACUGGGAAAACCAUUGAUAUUAUCAAAAUGGACAUAGAGUCAUCCGAGUGGGGAGCUAUUCCUGAUAUGGUAGCCUCUGGAGUGCUGAGGAACGUUAGACAACUGGAUUUUGAAUUCCAUGGUAGCCCUAAUCCCGAUGAAAGUUUUCGUUCAAAAAUGACAGCAUUACGUGGAAUAAGCGAUCAAGGGUUCCGCUUGUUCUGGUCUCAUCCUAAUAUAAAGGGAGGUAAUCCAACACCAUUCAGCGUAACAGGAAGACAGGUCAGCAGUUGUUAUGAAAACUACUAUCUGAAUACAAAUUUUACUAAAAAGUGAAGUAUCUAUUCAACCUUUAACGUUAAUACAUUUGUGGAUUUGUUACCGUUAUUGUUUCAAGUAAAAAGCUUAAUUAUUUAAAACAAAGUGUACCAGGUGUUUAUCAUAGUUUAUAUAUUUUGAUAUAUUUGGUUAACUUUGCUUCAUUACACAGCGGUACAGAGCCUAGAUAAUGCAUGUUUUAUUGGGAUAACACAGGAAAUACACAUGAUUAUUUCUACUGCGGUCAUUUUACAUGGUAUGAUAUAAAAAAAAAAUCUGAAAUUAAUGCAUUGUCUAUAGUUAUCACUUGUCAAUAUUAUAUUAUUGUUGCUUUGAUAAAUUAGCCCAUAAUAGUAAUAACUUAUAUAUAUCAUAUAUAUAUAUAUAUAAUUGAUGUUUUAUUACCGUGUCAUGCAUUUUAAAACUCAUAUACAUUAAUUCUGAUAAAUACUGUAAUGCAUGAUCUAAAAAUGUCCAGCCAUUAUAUGUAUGGAAAAAAAUUUCUGUAAAUAUUUUUGAGGUAAAAUUUAUACAUUCUUCGUGUUGCGUUUGCAUAAUGUAAAAACUGCGUGUUGGUAGUAUCAUUAAUGUUGUGUGUAUGCGUGCACUAUCUAUUUGUCAUAAAUGCUAAACAUCUACAUAUAUAAUCAUGUGACUCAUUUUCUAAAUUUCAUUCAGGUUAAGAUAAAUAAUUAAUGAAAAAACAUCUAUUUUUUUGUUAAUUUUUAAAUAAAUUGUACCUGGUUAUCAGAAUAAAACUGGUAUGAUUUGCUUUUUAAGACAUAUAAAUUAGUCAACUUUAAAUACCCUUCACUGAUUUUCUUAUCGAUUUAAACGUCAACUUAACGGAAAUACAAAGCAAACACAAUGAUUUAAUACCACCACAAAACACGGUUUAUAAAAGCUCUAACGAAAUACGAUAUUGGCGAGUGUAUACGUAAUGUCAGUAUACUGUUUUCUUGCGGGAUGAUAAAAUAAAAAACAAAACAGAUACAAUUGUUGACAGAGAUCAACUGAAAGUUUACGAGCUUUUACAUUUACUUUAUAUGACCGGAUGAUUAACUAUCAAAUAGAAAUAUUUACGGGAAGUGAUAGAAGAAAUGACCACAGUAAUGACAACAAUAUUUAUGCCAAUAGCUGAUUAUCAAUUUUAAAGUGAAACUACCGUUUUAAUGUAUUUAAAGUAUAUAGUUUACAUUUACUUUAUAUGACCGGAUGAUUAACUAUCAAAUAGAAAUAUUUACGGGAAGUGAUUGAAGAAAAGAACACAGUAAUGACAACAAUAUUUAUGCCAAUAGCUGAUUAUCAAUUUUAAAGUGAAACUCCCGUUUUAAUGUAUUUAAAGUAUAUAGGAUAAAAGUGGAACAAUUUAAUGGUUCAAUUUAAGUGAAAUCUGAUAUCUUGCCAUAGCUUUGUCUUUGUUUGAUUUUUUUUUUAAACCUAGGAUAUUGUAAACAGAUUUUGGGAAAUAAGAAAAUAUUGUAAGAAACAAAUGAACAUCUUGACCAAAAUAAAACAUACGAUGAUUUUAUCACUGUAUUAAAUGUAUACAAUAUUUAGCUUUUCCUUAUGAUAAGCCAUGAGUUUCAUAUAGCUUUAUACAUAUGUUGUGCCUUCUAAAUGUAACACUGUAAAUAUAUAAUGUAAUUAUGUUGGUAUUCAUCAGUACAUGUAUUAUUGACUUGGUUGGAAUGAAUUUAACUAAUCUAGAAAAUAUAGCCUAAUUGUGACAUGUAUUCAUAUGUACCAACGUCGGAUAACGGGGCACUACCCUUUUUGCCCAGGUAGCACCAGUUUCUGUAUUAAUAAAUUAUCUUGACCAAGAUUUGUUUUCAGCUGAUGUAUAAAUAUAUACAUUUUAUACGAAGAAUUAUGUUUCCUAUGGAGUUAUUGUUUAAAUUCUAAUGACACGCUUUUGGAAAUCAGUAGUAUAUGAUUUAGAUAAGUGAUUAAUAUAAACGAGUGGAAGCACAAUCCUUUAUGUGGAUAAGUGUAAUUAAAAGUUUAUUUGAUAGACGUGGUUUCCCACUGGUAUUCGAAAUUAUGAUGUCUGAAUGGCUAAUAAAGUUCCCCCAAAACUUACUCUUUUUUUUUUUUUUUAUCUCAAAUGCGUGUGUUUCAUUAAUUCUAACAUUCCAAUUCAGCGACCUUUGAUAUUUGUAGUCAGUUUCUAUAUUAAUCAUAUUUGAGGCAAUGCAUCAAUGAAAGCUAUAUUUGAAUGCGAAAAUAUAUGAUUUUUGACUUAUGCAUGAAACGUCUUACAACACAAUCUAUAUAACAAUCUUCACAUCUUUUCAUGUUUAAUCAUGUACCCAAAAUUUAACAUUUACAUAUGUAUGAUUAUUGAAAACACAUUCUGACAUCAUUUUGUAUUUUCCCUUCAUAUCAGGCAUUCCUUUUAUCAAUGAUUUCCCUUGCCUUUAUUUUGAAUUACGUGUAGGCCUAAAGUGUUGUUCAAACAUCAUUGAUAUGACUAGUCUUACAAGUAUUUAGUUAUAUGAUUAAGCAGCGAUAUUUGACAGUAGUCUUGUAGUAUUUUGCUGAAAUGUAAUCGAAUUCGUGAGAUUAAAUACCUUGUUAACCAAACGGAUUAUUUUUGUAAGGAACCAAAGAUGUGGCAAUGCCUGUUCUCUAUUUUCCGACUAAAAUAAAACAAACAUAAGCAGCAAGAUGCUAUUAGAAUGAUUAUAAUCUUGGUAGUGUUUGACAGUGUUUUCGCUUGGGGAUUUACCUGUUGUUAACUAUGAUAUUCAACUUUUUUUUUAUAUGUUACUGUUUGUUUUUAAUAGUUAUGUUCAUAGACAAAUAUAAAUAAAAUUUUAUGUUCGCAAGUGUUCUUACAAACGUGUUUAUAUUUGUAUACUUUGUAUUUAUUCAACUCGCUUUAUAACAUUUGCAAGAAACACAGUCGCAUAAAGGUUAUUUGUGUAUAAACAUUUUACAAAAUAUAGAAGCACAGGGUUGCUGACAACGAAUAGAAAUUGAGCUGUAUAAGAGAUUAUGUUAAAAGAUUUUACUAUUUGCCCCAUAUCCUUAAAAAACAUCGCGUUUAUCGAAUGCUGUACUCAAAUUUCUUCUAGAAUUAUAGUUUGUUAUUCGUUCAAAUAAAGAUAUUUUUGCAGACAGCUGAAGUUGUAUUGUUUGACUCUCAGUAACACAUCAUUGUGAACAAUAGGAACAUCUAGAUCAUCUCCCUUUUUGUCAAAAAGAAAGGUUAUUUUUCGAAUGUCAAAUCAAUAUUUUGCAAGUUAAGAAAUAUUUGGAGACGCUUUAGUUAUUCUUUGGUCUUAUCACAUUUACCGAUAAAAGGGGUUAAAUCGUAAUACCCGAGUCCUUAGUUUGACAUCUCUAAAUGGACAAGGAUAAGAACAUUCAAAUUUAUUAUAUUCAUUGAUAACGCAAUAAUUGAUUAUAACAUGUAAAGAAACAACUAAUAACCAACACUAGAAAUCAUUAAAUGAUAGUGAAAUUUAUUGAAAACGGACAGUUUGAGCAUCAAUAACUCAUUUUUAUGCGGCGUUCGUCGUCCGUCGUCCGUCCGUCAACCUUUUCUUUUGAACGACUUCUUCUGAAGAACUGUAGGACCUAGG